CUUUGUGGCACGAGAUGAAAAAGGUUCUACGACAACAUCCUGCUCGCACAAUCACCGAACUGAGACAAAAUCUUCAAGAAAUAUGGGAUUGUUUUACACCAAACUUUGCCAAAACUUGGUUAACACUAUGCCCCAAAGAAUUUCAGCUGUAAUAAAAAAUAAAGGUGAUGUCACCCAAUGGUAAUCUUUGAAUUGUUGCUUUGUUAACUUCGUGCAUUUAUUCGCACGUGUUGAUUUGUUCAGAUUUUCUAUCAGU